CGUCACCACAGUCUGUUUAGGGGCCCCACGUUUCCUUCUCUCAGUAGAACUCCCUCCCUCCAAAUCCCCCAUUCCUUCCUCCAUAAGCAAAAAAACUCCCCCUCCUCCCUCAAAUCCCUAACCACCAUCAAUCAUGCAAGAACCGGACCUUCACGAUUUAUCCGACGACGCCGAUUACGCCGCCUCUCUUCAACAAGGAUCGGCGAGCAUGAUGAUGACGCGGAGCGACAGCGGAAAGAGUACCUCGUCGAGCGUGCCGGAAGGCGCAGAAGUUGUAUAUCUGAAAGAUAACGUCACAAUUCAUCCUACUCAGUAUGCGUCCGAGAGAAUCAGUGGUCGACUGAAGCUUAUCAAGCAAGGCUCUUCUCUCUUUAUGACGUGGAUUCCGUACAAAGGGCAGAUUACGAAUGCGAGCUUGUCAGAGAGAGAUAGGAGUCUUUAUACCAUAAGGGCUGUGCCUUUUACGGAUGUGAGGUCCAUUCGUCGAUAUACUCGGACGCUUGGGUGGCAGUACAUAAUAGUUGUUUUGUCAUCAGGACUCGCAUUUCCUUCACUUUACUUCUACAAUGGAGGAGUCAAAGAGUUCCUUGCUACAAUAAAGCAACAUGUUUUUAUUGCGAGGUCAUUAGAAGAUGCAAAUGUAUUCCUGGUGAAUGAUUUUCAAAAUCCCUUUCAGAGAACUUUGUCCUCUUUAGAGUUGCCUGUUUCUAUUGCAAGUAGGCCAUCUGCAUCUGUUUCAGAUGGUGGUGAAUAUUCAUCUUAUGAACUCCAAGGGAGGAUUGAUGGCAGCAUCCAUGAAGACAUUCCUAGGCCUUCUCAAAACCACGGGAGGCAGAAGCACAAGAGUCAUGAUCCUGCUCGAGAUCUAACAAUCCAAGUACUGGAAAAAUUUUCUCUUGUGACUAAAUUUGCUCGGGAUACAAGUUCACAACUGUUUCGUGAAAGUAAUAGCAAUGGCUAUGGUGCUAUCGAGAGGAAAAGUUCUAGCCACUCCCCCCCUGAUAUCCCCCAUGAGGCAUCAAUGGAUGCAAAGGUAGCUCCUGGGGAAGGUCCUGUUCCCUCAGAUCCUCUGGAGUUCGAUAAAAUGACACUUGUAUGGGGAAAACCAAGACAGCCUCCCUUGGGGUCUGAAGAGUGGGAAAUUUUCUUGGAUUCUGAAGGGCGAAUCAUAGAUUCAAAAGCCUUAAAAAAGAGAAUAUUCUACGGGGGAGUUGAGCACUCAACAUGCAAAGAGGUCUGGCCACUUCUGUUGGGAUAUCAUGCUUAUGAUUCAACAUACGCUGAGAGGGAAUACCUCAAGUCAACCAAAAAGUCAGAGUAUGAGAUAGUAAAACAACAAUGGCAGAGUAUCUCUACUGAACAGGCAAAGAGAUUUACAAAAUUUAGGGAAAGGAAGGGCCGUAUAGACAAAGAUGUGGUGAGGACUGAUAGAACGUUGUCUUUCUAUGAGGGGGAUGAUAAUGCAAAUGUGAAUAUCUUACGUGAUAUUCUUUUGACAUAUUCCUUUUAUAACUUUGAUCUUGGUUACUGCCAGGGUAUGAGCGAUUUACUAUCCCCAAUUUUAUUUGUGAUGGAGGACGAAUCAGAAGCAUUUUGGUGUUUUGUGGCACUGAUGGCACGUCUUGGACCCAAUUUUAAUCGUGACCAAAAUGGCAUGCACUCUCAGCUUUUUGCAUUAUCUAAGCUGGUGGAGUUGCUUGAUAGCCCAUUACAUAACUAUUUCAAGCAGAAUGAUUGCUUGAAUUACUUCUUUUGUUUCCGCUGGGUUCUAAUACAAUUUAAAAGGGAAUUUGAAUACAAGAAAACAAUGCGAUUGUGGGAGGUGUUGUGGACCCAUUAUUUGUCUGAGCACCUGCAUCUGUAUGUAUGUGUUGCGAUCUUGAAGCGGUACCGCAACAAGAUUAUGGGGGAGCACAUGGACUUCGACACCCUCUUGAAAUUCACCAAUGAGCUGAGUGGCCAUAUCGACCUUGAUUCAAUUCUUAGAGAUGCAGAGGCUCUGUGCAUAUGUGCUGGUGAGAAUGGUGCUGCUUGCAUCCCCCCAGGGACACCACCUUCGCUGCCUAUCGAGAAUGAGAAUGCUUUAUUGUAUACUCAAGAGGAGGAUGAAGUACUGUAAUCAGAUCCUUCCCAUUGGUACGAUAUCACCAGCAUUAUUUUUUGUAUUCUUUAUGGAAUAGCUGUGUAUAAAUGUUGAUCUUUCAAAAUAAAAUGUUAUUAAUCAAGUAA